AUGACGGCUCUCAAUGCUGCCCCGGUUGCCAUCUUCAGACUACCCGCAGAGUUGUGGGACCUCGUCCAGAAGAACCUGCCCUCGAUUAAGGACCGUGUCAAUGCCAGUCUUGCGUUCCGCGAUACCAGAGGACAGACUCGGAGUUUGGUCGAGAAAUGGGUACCCGAGUGGUCGAAGAUGAUAGAAGAAGCAGACAUCAAAGCGAACAUUCUGAACAACGAAAAUCUCGUUCUGACGUAUGCCGAAGCCCUGAAUAUCGCCAUCAAAGCUUGGACACCGAUGCGGAUAAAGCCUUCCAUGGCCAGCAGCAUCGCUCAGCAUAACCCUGCGCUACGUCAGUAUACCUACAACCAACUUCGCCGUCACCAACGCAGGCACGGUAUCAGCAAGGAUGGAUUGAACAAGGACCAGCGCGAAGACCAAGCACGCUUGAAGGAAGAGUUGCUGUUCCCAACGGCACGAAGCGCAGCACGCGAGCGGGCCUGUGCUGUCUUUCUUUUCAACAACGUCCGUAGAGAGGCCAUCGCCACCCAGGUGUGCCAGGCGCGGCUCUGUCGAGCCUACGGGGGCGAUAGACGGCAACAGCACCACGACAUCAAGUUUUGCGACGUUCACUUACAAGAGCACAUUUACUCUGGCACUGUCUCCUUCAAGCAGCUUGCAGACUUCUGCAUUCGUAUCAUUCCGAAUGACACUGAGCCAGGCGGGGUGCUCUCCUGGACUGUGCCUUUCCUCUCUACCGAUUCCCGCAACGCUUUUGAGUCACUAUCCUUUGCCGAAGCCGAUGUCAUCACAUUGGGCAUCUAUGGGCUUCGCUGGGUGGAGCUGCAGCGGCGAAGAAAAGCAUGGAGCAGGGAACUGCGAGAGCGCAAAGGCAAGGAAUACUCGGCGUGUAUCGAAGCGCUUCGAGUAUUGAGAGAUUGGACAUACGCUGGCAUGGACAGGACCUCUGGCGAGCGCACUAUAAGCGGUGAGAUGCUGGCAGACGACUUUCCAUGGGAUCUGGCUCCUGCUUUCCGAGCUGCCACUGGCGAAGAUCUGCGGAGCAUGCCAAAGAUCGUCGAACUGCUUCGUCACCUGGGCAGCCAAUAUCAGGCGAGUCCAGCAGCGACCGUCGACGAGUAUCGCUUGGAGUCAGCGUAUCGGAUCACUAAGAAAGAACAACUUUGGGCCAAUGAAGCAGCUCGGAAGUGGAUCAAGCCGAAGCUUGACAGCCUGGGUUGGAUCCCGCAACCCCGACUUUGCAACCAGUUCCAAAUUGUCGCCGACAAGUCCUUCGAGCCACUAGUUUUCACCAGAAAGUUCAACACCCCUACCGAGAGGUCGUAUUGUACGACUGAGGAGGCCGAAGAGCUUUGCAACCUCAUUCAUGGCCAAGGCCUGGACACACUACUCUCGAACAUCGACUACCACACACGAAGACGCAAUCUUGCUAUUUAUCUGCAUCUUCAGGUCGGACUCGAGGUUUUGGAGACGCAGACUACGCCGGGCAUUAUGGAGCUUUCUCAUGAUCUGUCUACUGCUGUUCGUGGUCGCGGGGAGGGAUUUGACACGUCUAGCUUCGCGGAGCUUCCGCCAUUCAAGCCCAGUACCAUUGGCCGCAAGUGGAUACUGGAGACUGCACAGGAUCCCGUCAACACCUACGUGAAGUGGCUGGAGGAGAUGAUCGACGCUGAGGGAGGGCAGCUUUUCCUCGCCCGAACUCCCGAUGAGGUCGAUCAGAAGCACCUACAGCCUUUCGUGCAAGAUUUCUGGAAGCACAGUACUCCGACUAUCUCUGAAGAUGACGUGGAAACAUGGCUUGGUGGUAAGGUCGCUGAGCUCGUCCUCGAUGAGACCAGUAGCGGGCGCUACAGCAUCUGGGAAAAGCACAAGAUCGACGAAGCACUCUCCGGCCCAUGGCGAGAAAUACUGGAAUGCGUCGAAUGUGACAUCUUCCACGUCAAGAAAGGCUUCGUCGACGGGUUCGCUGCUCAUAAGAGCGAGAAGAUACUGGGCACGAAGGCCAAGCCUUUCUGCUGCGGUCGUGUUCUGUGGUUCGACGAAUCGCAAUUACCCUAG